AUGACCGACUCCAUGGCCGAUAUCGAGGAAAAGAAGGCAUCUGUGAAUGAGACGCUUGACACCAAUCUCCCGGAGCUCAGCGACAAGGAAAUUAUCGCCGGCCAUGUUGACUACCGUGGUAUCGACACUCGAGCGCUCUCACAGGGAGCCGACGAAGUGUACGAAAGAAAGGUUUCGAUUCUGAACGAAGCUCUGAUCGAUCUGGGAAUGGGCCCGUUUCAGUGGAAGAUCUUUGCGUUGACUGGGCUUGGAUGGUUUGUUGAUAAUUUCUGGAUGCAAGCCAUCACCAUCAUCAGUCCCGCUGUCCAGGUUGAGUUCUCCGUCAACCGGAUUGCCUUCCUCACCGUUGCCAAGUAUGCUGGCCUGGUGGUGGGAUCGAGCGUGUGGCCGAUGACGGCGGAUCUCAUUGGAAGACGCCUGGCGUUCAAUAUCACUCUCCUGCUCUCCUCGGUUGCAGGAUUAGUCGGUGCUGGGAGUCCGAAUUUCGUCGCCAUAGCCGUAUUUUGCGCCUUUAUCGGCGUGGGAACCGGGGGUAAUCAGCCGGUUGAUAGUGCUAUCUUUCUCGAGUUUAUUCCUGCGACGCAUCAGUAUCUGCUUACCAUGCAGUCGGGCUUUUGGUCUGUUGGGCAGGCUGUUGCUGCGUUGAUAGGAUGGCCUUUGAUUGCGAACUACUCUUGUCCAUCCGAUACCCCAGCCGGCCAAUGCACGUUCCAGGAUAAUCUGGGUGGCGAUAUUCCUACUGGACCUUUGGCGGACUGA